UCAGGGCGCGGUGGGGUGCCUGCUGUUGCCGGCGGAGUGCGACAGGCAGCCGCCAGCGGGCAUGGAGCUGGGCGCGGUGCUGGAGGCCGUGGAAGGGCGCGGUGGCGGCGAGGCGGUGGAGCGCGUUCUGGCGCGGUACAACGAGGAGAAUCGGACCAUUUUCAGGUUUGAUCCAGCAGAUGAAGACAAAAGAAAGAAACUGUGUGAAGGAAUUCUAAACAUCCUUGAAAAAGACACAAAAACUUCAUGUCAAGUUGCCUGCCUGGAGGCCCUCCGGAUUCUCUCUAGAGACAAGAAAGUUUUAGUGCCUGUAACCACAAAGAGGAACAUGCAGAUCCUUAUGAGGCUAGCAAAGCUGGACACUGCAGAAGAUCCUUUGGAGAGAGUGUCUGAGUUUCCUGUUAUAGUAGAAGCUUUGAAAUGCCUCUGUAACAUAGUUUUUAAUAGUGCUGUUGCACAGAAGCUCAGUUUGGAACUGAAUCUUGCAGCUAUGCUCUGCAAUCUUCUGGAAAAAUGCAAGGACCAACAAUUUGUCGAUGACAUUAAAUGCUUUGAUUUACGUCUCCUCUUCCUCUUGUCACUUCUGCACACAGACAUUAGAUCACAGUUGCGUGAGGAACUACAAGGGGUGCAAGUUUUGACUCGGGCUUUGGAAAGUUCCCUCAGUGUAAGAUGGAUGGAAGAAUAUAAAGCAGCAGAAGAUCGUGACAGGCCUCCCCUGUCUUUGCAAGAGACAGAUUGUGCCAUUGAGGCACUAAAGGCUCUUUUUAAUGUAACACUUGACAGUUGGAAUGUCCACAGUGAGACUGAAUCUCAUCAAUUUCGUUACAUGGCUGCCAUCCUUCGGCACUGCUUGUUAACCAUGGGCCCUACCGAAGACAAAACUGAAGAGUUGCACAGCAAUGCAAUCAACCUCUUAAGCAAUGUUCCUGUUUCAUGCCUGGAUGUUCUUAUUAGUCCAUCAUCCCAAGAGGAAACAGAUAUAAAAUACAAUGGUAUGAAUAUGGGAGCAAUUCAGAUUUUACUGGAUUUUAUGGAGAAGAGAAUAGACAAGGGAAGCAGCUAUAGAGAAGGUCUGACUCCAGUUCUCAGUUUAUUGACUGGAUGCUGCCGAACUCACAGGAAUAUCAGGAAGUUUAUUAAAGCCCAGGUACUGCCUCCAUUAAGAGAUGUGUCAAAUCGCCCAGAAGUUGGCACAACAGUGAGAAACAAGCUUGUGCGCCUUAUGACACAUGUUGACCUUGGAGUAAAGCAAAUUGCAGCAGAAUUUCUUUUUGUCCUUUGUAAAGAGAGAGUUGACAGCUUGCUAAAAUACACAGGCUAUGGCAAUGCAGCAGGAUUGCUGGCAGCGAGGGGCCUGUUGGCAGGAGGAAGAGGAGAACAUUGGUACUCUGAUGAUGAAGAUACAGAUACAGAAGAAUACAAAUCUGCUAAGCCAAACAUUAACCUUAUCACUGGUCACUUAGAAGAGCCAGUGCCGAAUCCAAUGGAUGAAAUGACAGAAGAACAAAAAGAAUAUGAAGCUAUGAAGCUUGUCAACAUGUUUGAUAAACUGUACAGAGAUGAGCUUAUAAAACCAAUGGGAGUGCGGCCGGAUGGGACAAUGGCUCCUUUGGAAGAAGCAGUCAACCAGUACCAUACCAACAAGCAGGACAGUUCAGAUUCAGACUAAAGCAUCACCUGCUUCACUCUCAGUUGUCUAAUCCACACUUUUCCUUAGGGCCACAGCAUCUUUUAUCUAGACAUUUUAUCCUCACACUAGCCAGCAUUACUUUUUAACUGUUCUGUUAUUGGAGUAUUUAAGCGAUGGGUCUUACGGUGUAAUGUCUGAGUUUUUAUUCUGUCUGUUGAAAGAACAUACCAGUCUAUUAGUUUGUGAUCUUUUAUUAACUUAAAACUAAAUGUAUUUCAAAGGGAUCAAAAGUGAAAGCCUACAAUGUAAAAUAAAACACAAACACUUAAUUUUCCAGAACAUGUUUUCUGAACUCUGUAGGUUUUUCCAUUCUUGAUAUUUCGG